CUCUCUGUGUCGCUCACACAAACCAAAUGGACUCCUCCUCGAGCGACACUACUGCCACCGCCGCUCUGCCGCACGGCGGCGGGGCCUCGACGGCCCCCACGUCGCCGCCGGCGGCGGCCGUGGUGCUGAGCCCCUGCGCGGCGUGCAAGAUCCUCCGCCGCCGCUGCGUCGACCGCUGCGUCCUGGCGCCAUACUUCCCGCCCACCGAGCCCCACAAGUUCGCUACCGCCCACCGCGUCUUCGGCGCCAGCAACAUCAUCAAGCUCCUGCAGGACCUGCCGGAGGAGCACCGGGCCGACGCGGUGAGCAGCAUGGUGUACGAGGCGAGCGCGCGGAUCCGGGACCCCGUGUACGGCUGCGCCGGCGCCAUCUGCCAGCUGCAGAGGCAGGUGAACGACCUCAAGGCGCAGCUGGCGCGCGCGCACGCGGAGCUCGCCGGCGCCCGCGCGCAGCACGCGCACCUCCUCGCGCUGCUCUGCGUCGAGGUCGCCGCCGCGUCCCCGGCCUACUGCGGCGCCGUCGACUACACCUCCUCGCAGCUCGCGGCCGCCGCCACCCCCGCGGCGCAUGCCGACGCGCUGUACGUCGUCGACGGCGGCAGCGGCCUGCAGCUGCAGGCCAGCCCCGUCAGCUGGGCCGACGAGCCGCUCUGGACAUGAGGUCGUCGUCAAGCCCGUGCGCGAGUUCGAUCAUGGUGUUGGAUCGGUGUCCACUGUCCACGUAUAGUUAAUCUAGCUGAUCCGUAUAUGCAGACGUAUACAGUUACAUAAACAGUCAAUAUGUGUACGUACGGGUGUAUGUUUUACUCGAUUUCAUAAUUCCAAGUUAACCAAAGGGUUAACGCGGUUGGGCCGUUGGGGUUUGAAGCAAUUUGAGAACCCCUGAAUGAGCUUUCCUUUCCUUUCAUCUGAAACUCUUUCUGUAACGUGUGUACCAUGACACUACACUACUACUCUUUAACAUUAAUUACUGUCUAUGGAAAGCUAUGCCAUAUAUGAUUCCUACUUGUUUGUAUAUUAGCUCUGAUCAUAAUAAUCAACACCAGAUUAAGGUUUGGUUGCCAA